AUGAAGGACUGGGAGUGCAUGACUGACCUGCUGCUGGAGGAGCCCGGCCCCGACGAGGACCCCCUCGACAACAGACAGGAGUCGUCGCUGAUCGAGCUGAUGGUGUGCUGCGUGCGGCAGGCCAGCACGGGGGAGCCGCCCGUCGGCCGCGGCCCCGCGCGCAAGAACCAGCUGCUGUCCAAGGAGCAGGCCAAGAUGGUGAGCGACGAGCGCGCGCGCAUGACGACGCACUUCAUGGCGGUGCUGCCGACGCUGCUGGACAAGUUCCGCGCCGACCCCGACAAGCUGGCCAACCUGGUCGCCAUCCCGCAGUACUUCGACCUCGAGCUGUACACCACGCAGCGCCAGGAGGCGAACCUGACGCUGCUGCUGAACAAGAUCCGCGAGAUAGUGCGCCAGCAGACGGAGAGCGAGGUGCUGGAGACGUGCGGCCGCACGCUGGAGUACCUGUGCAGCGAGCAGUGC